AAAGGUCUUUGAACAUCUAGGUUCUUUUCCUAUAUCUAAAUUUCUUUUAAUGUGUAUGUUGGGAUGGGACUAGUUUUUCUAUUUUUUUCCCAUCGGGGUUGGGUUUGGGUGUUAAUAUUAUAUAGGGGACCUAGAGUCCUAUUGUAUUAUCACCUGCCCUUGGGCGAAUCAUGACAUAAAUAAAUAAAUAAAUAAAUAUUUCCAGCUCUAUCAUUGUCAUUAUGCACUUUAUUCAAUUUUUCAUCUCAAAUGUUUCUUUUUUCCUCUCAUUCAGUCAUUUCUCAUUUAUUUUAACGUUUGCAUUCGUUUUCUUUAACUUCUAGUUUUCGCAAGUUAAAGGGAGCUUUUAGGGUCAACGUUGUUAGUCGUGAUAAAAUCUUGGAUAAUGCAGUGGUUUUCAAUGAUCCUCUUACCAAGUAACAGAAACUACCGCUGAAAUUGUGUGCAUCAUUUGCAAAGACGGUUCUUCAGCGCAGCCGAAUGAAAUCGUUUUGUGUGACAAGUGUGGAAUAGGAUAUCACCAAAAGUGUCACGACCCGUCCAUCCCUGCGAAAGCCUUACAAAUAGAUGAACCUUGGAUGUGUACAUAUUGUACUGUAGGAGCAUUUUGUCCUUACUUAGAAAACCCGUUCGAAGAGAAAGACAAGAAACACGAACCAUUAAGAAAACGUAGAAUACAUACGAUCAGAGGCGAAAACAGACUCGUUUCAAACUCUCUAAGCUCAGAAGAACACCUUUUGUUGGCCAAGCGGCCCGUGAACCAAGGCAUGUCUGGGUUUUACUAUACAUCACCUUCCCAACAUCGAGAGGGUCAUCGACCGAGAGGAAGACCGCCAUUUAGUCAUAAAAAACAAAUUAAUGACAAACGUGGUCGUGGAGUUGGAAGAUCUCCCAACAGAAACUCAACUCGCGAACGCGAUCACCAAGAAGAACGCGAAAACGAGCAAGACACGAGCUCGAGGAAGCAUUACUCUAAGCAUAGCUCUGAGAUGCAGCACCGCUCGAGUUAUCCCCGUUAUAGUUCUCCCAGUCGUAAUAGCAGACAUGGCGAGGAUGUCGAUAGCUCUGGGAGUGAUAGAUCGCAAUCUAACAAGGAUUCAGCGGGCAGCCCUAGUGCAAAUACAGACAAGAAGUCUUCAGAAAGCUCGUCUAACAAACAAGCAAUGGUGAAAUCUCACCGAAGAGACGCGCCGAGAGAGAAGCAGCGUCUCACUCAGGAUUUAGCCCGACAGAAAAGACUGUUAAGCGAGGAUAUUGCUCGGGCACAGCGUCUGCAAAAGGAACAAAUGACCAAUAACCAUGACGUCGCGGAUAAGAAGGAAAAUGAUAGUGACUCACCACAAGAGCAUUUUGAUGGAAGCGAUGAAUUGGACAAGAAGGAAUGCAAUAGCGUGAAGGAAAAUGAACUCACAAUGUACGAAAAAUGUUACGGUAACUUCUCAGCUAUGAGCCCUGGUGAUGAAUCACCAGCAGAAACUCGCCGCAAUGACGAGGAACCCACGAGUACUGCAACGAAUAAAAACAAAACUGAAUCACUCUUUGAGCGUAUUUUAAGCAAAGGAGCAGUAAAGGAAGCUAAACAGAUUGAAUUUGUGAAUGAAAGUCAAUUGGAAAUGAGAAGUGAUGAGGAAAAAUACGAUAGUGAACUCGCAAAGGGGAGUCUUGCUUCUCCAGCCUCUGACACCGCUAAUAGUAGAGGUGAACUGAAUCGCAAGGUUAAGCUUCCUCAUUUUGAGAACGUUACGGAUGAUGAGCUGCCUACGAGUGAUAAUGAAGGCUCAGGUCUCUUAAAAAGCUUCAAUAAUGCGUCUUCAAAAUCUCAAGUUGUAUCUAAUAGGAGCUUGUCAGAUAUGCAAUUACAGGACAAACACUCGUCCGAUCAAUCUCUUGAAAAGGUCACCAAUUCAUGUUCACCCAAGGAUCCCACACGUGAUAGCAAUGAAGAUAAUACGACAUGUGAGUGCUCGACCCAGGAUGGGUCAAUAGAAGAUGAUACUCCAAACCUGUUCAGUAAAAUCAAUGGAAAUGAAAACGCGGACUGUCAAUCAGAUCACAGCAUUAUCAAAGCGUCGAAAAUGGCCCAGAUUCUGGAGGAGGCAAAUAUGCAAUGUGAACAUUCACUGAAAGACAAAGGUGAAUGCGAUAACGAGGAGAAAGACUCAAAAGGUGGAAUCUCUUCGCCUUGUUAUGAACUUGAGAACAGCAUUCAUGAAGACGAGAAAAUUAUUAAUAAAAAGAUUGCGCAUGCGCAGUCUGACGAAGGUUAUUACAAGACCCAUUCGCCAAACAACGAUAUUACCGAGGAACUCGAAAGUAACAAAGAGAUUGACAAUGCGUCUUUGGGACAGGACACCGAUGUGUCAAAUAACGAGGGAAUGUCCGACGCGGAGGAACUUAGUGACUUGGAACCUGUGACGUCAUCGGGGAAAUCCAAGGUGAAGCGGAAAACACGAAAGAAGGUGAAAAAUACGAAAGGCGUUGUCAAGACAACGAGCUCACCUCAAAGACUUUCAAGGAGAAGUAAAACAGGACGUAGAAUUGGACGUCCACCUAAAGCAAGCAAACAGCCGCGACAGUUAGACAGUGACAGUGACGAACAAGAAGGUUCGGACUUCAGGGCAGAAAGUAAAGACGAUGCUCAGAGAAGCAAAUCUCAAAGCCCUAAGAAUGAACUGUGUAGCGUCGAUGGCAAGAAUGAUGAAAAUUCUGCUGCUAUAGAAGAAAACUGCUUCGAAGAAAAUGAAAUUACACUGGAAAAUAAUGAAGGGGGUGAGAUUGACGAGACGAAGUACGCUGAUGAUGUCGAUGAAGAUGAGCUUUCGACUCAUAGUUUACAACAUCAGGAUUCAGAUACCGAGGAUGCAAGUCAAGAUAUAUUUUCGUUGACUGAGACAGAACGGCAGCAGUUAGAAGAACAAGGACGAAGAGAAAGAGCAAGGAAGGAUAAACGGAUUGCUGCAAGACAAAAGAGAAAGAGUAUAGAGCGCGAGAAAGACAAGGAACGAGCAACUCCACCGCACUUGGUAAGUCAGAACCGCUUUGCUCGUGAUCUACCGCGACACAACUGGCUAGUAGAAAGGCUACUACAGCAGAAAAAGCUUGGAGAAGAGGCCUUUAAGCCAGAUCAAAACUCAGACAACCCUGAAGAAAACUCCGACGAAGAAAUUAUCCCUAGUGAAGAACUACCUAUGAGUGUGGAAGAGUCAAAAUUUGUUGAAACUGAACUGAGCGUUCAAGAUAAGCCAAAGGACAACUUAUCUGACAGUGGUGAGAUGAAGAACGAUCCGCCAAGUCCACAACGAGACGAAUUUCAGUCUGAGCUUCAUAGAAGUUUUCUUCGCAGGAGUUUCCCUCCUAAUGUUCCGCGGACGCCGCCAAAGCUCAAGCCUGCUUCACCUGAUAACAGUUCAAACACCGAGCCUAAGCCUUUACCUCCUACUCUGAAGCAUAAGCUGCAAUCAAAGGAACACUCCUCCCUUGAGCCAAUACCUAAGCUCAAGAAAAUCGUUCCCGAGAAGAAAAACCAAGAAACUGAAGAAGCUAGCACAAAAGAAGACAAAAGUAGUGAAAAUGAAAGAACGACUAGCCCAAAAGAAAACGAUUCUGCUAGAAAACAGCUCAGUCCGAUAGAGAUUUUUGAUGACGAUGAUGACAAGAAGAAACAAGAAGCCAGUGAAGACUCCAAGAAGUCAAAGUCUUCCAACAGUCCAGUAACAAGUUCGUCAUUUUCGGCGGAGAAGUUGUCGUCCGAGAAGGACGAAAGUCACUCACCUAAACGUUCAAGCUUCUCUCCGCCCAAGAAAAACAUGCCAUUCCAUUCUCCUAAGAAGGUAGUACAUUCUGUGAGCCCGACUCUACCUGGUUCAGGUAAAGAAAUCAGUUCUCAUCUCAUGGGGCCUCACCACAGAGCUGCAAUACUCAUUCCUGUUCUCCCAAUGCAUGAUGCAAAUGGUCUUCCAUUGCCACCAAGUCUCGGACCUACGUCUCCACACAUGAAGCCAUACUCACCUCGGACAUUCACUCCACAUCUAAUUACUCAUAACCCGCCAUUUUCCACGGCAGGGUUAUUCAGUGGUCCCAUGCCGCCUACCAACCGAUACCCCUCAGCUUCGUGCCACCAUCAUUUCCAUCCGGGGAUGAAACCAGGACCUUGUAAGCGUGAUGUCAACUGUCCCUUCCAUGGCUCACCCACUAGGGGCCUUCCACCCAGUAUUAUGGGACUUCCUUCUCACCACCCUUCAAUGCAAGCAUUCAGUCCGCACGGCCAUGAGCAUAUUUCACAAAUUCUUGCCAGGGAACACAGAGAAGGACACUGUCCGAACUCGGACUGUAAGCUUUGCCGACAGGGAAAAGAAUCACCUAAGAUACGUGAGCUUGAUUCGCAGUCCAACCAAGAAAAGACUUCACCACAACCCUCGAAAGUCGUCAAACCAAUCGCGCACGUGCCUGGCAUGAGACCACCCCUGAUGUUGUCACAUCUGCAGCAGUUUGGCGGCAGACCGUCCCAAGCCUUUUCUGAUAUAGACAGCCUUCAAGAAGAAAAGGCGCGAAGAUCAGGAAUGGAGCCUAUACUCUCACCAAGACAGAAGAUUGACAGUUCUCCUGAACGGUCUUCGAGAGACCCGCUAGCGCCAGGACUAUUCCCAACAGAAAGAAGGUCCCUGCCUCACCACUUGACACUGUCAGACUUAAACAGACGUCGAGAGCAAGACCUGAUGAAAGGUCCGCAAGAUCUCUUGUCUUCCAUCAAACACCGGCCAAUCCCUGGAGAGUUCAUGGUCCCUGGGUUUGGAACUCCACCUUCUGGUCACAGCAAGCCUGGACUGAUCCACCCAAAGGAUUCCAUUCUUUUUACUUCUUCUCGUGGCCAAUCAGCUGUCUUAUCUCAAGCCGACAAACGCGAUUUUUCUCGCGCGGAAGAGCGUGACCGUAGUGGCUUUCAACCUGACUUGUUGAAAUCAGGACCACCUCGACUGCGCUCUUUGGACGAGCGUGACGCGUUAGCAAUGAGGACACUGAGCGAGCAGAAAAGACGAGAGGAGCAAGCAAUGCGAGAAAAUCCUGCUCUUCUCCGACAAAUGUCUUCAAAGGAAGGAGUGGGGUUGCCGCCGGCAAAGCUUUUUGAAGACAGAGAAUUAGCCCAGUCACGUGAUCAGGGCAUGCCACCCCUUUCUCGAUCGGCUAAAGAGUUUGAUGUGCGUCUGAUGAGUAGUCAUGGCAACUCGUCCAUUCUCGGUCCCGCCCUAAGGGGCCUAGAUGAUCAUCGUAAAAUGUCAGAGGAAGAGCGCAAGGGGCUUAACAGAGAAGAACGUGAACAGGGAGCCCAAAGAACUGCCGACUCUGAGACAAGAGAGCGCGAGAUACGCGAGGAGCAAGCAAUGGAUGCUUUGGAUCGUAGGCGAAACCUCGAACAAAUGAGAGAAAAAGAACAAGAGAAGCGAACAAUGGCUGAACGUGAAGGCAUGCGAGGCUUAGCUAUGGAAAGAGACCGAAUCAAGAAUCAAUUUCUAAGAGGAGCAGAAUCUGAAAAACACUUUAAACCAACACUGGGAAUGCCUCGCGAACGAUCACCACCAUUUUUAAGAAGAGACUUUUACCAAGAUCGCUUAAUAGACCCCUCUAGACCUGACCAACGUUUAGAUUUGAGAGCAGCCGCUCUUCAUGAUCUUCAACGUCGACAAGAACUGUUUCGUGUCGGGGAGAUGAACUCGCAUAGGGAGCUUCUUGGACGAAUCGCGUCAAACCACUCAGGAAACAAAUCUCUUCAUCCUGCUGAUAAACACUUCGCUGAACGAUUCUCUAUCGAAAUGGCUCGGUCAUUGGCCGAUUCACGCAGCCAUUCACCAUCCAGAGGGUAUCCAAUGUCGAUGGCGUCUAGGCAGGCCAUGGACCGUCUUGCGGCGGCAGCUCAGGGUAAAUCGUUACCACACAACAAGGAACUCGACAAGGAUAUACCACCACAUUUGAGAACGGAGAUUGAAAGAGAGCGAGAAAAAGAGCGACACCGACUCAGCCUUGAACAAAUUGACGUCAAUCGCAGGUUGCUGCAGGCUGAACUAAAAGAGAAAGUCAACCCUUUGGUGCUCAACCGCGAAAUCGGGCCGCGCGAUCGUGAGAAAGAAAUGGCGGCGCUUCGUGAACGCGAGCGAUUGAUGAUCGAGAGGGAGCGAUACGUCGCUUUCGAGAGACUCAAUGCCGAGGAAAGAAAAAGAAGACGUGAUGCAGGAGAACUAGAAGGACCUUUUGGUCUACCAGGAAGACAUAUGUCUUCGCCUCCUUUUGGACGGUUGACUGACGAGAGAGCGAAGAGAAUGCGGAUGUCAAACGAUGAGCACAUUCCUACUUCGUCUACGCACCCUCCGCAUAUGGGUUCUCAUCCAAGUAACUCCUUUGAAAAUAAAACUAAGGAUGAUCGCCGUUCUUCUCCAAAAGGACCCAUGGAACAGCGACUUGGUCGGCCCCUUGAUCUUGACUUGCCAAAUAAAGCCGCCACCGCCUCCAUGUUCGAUGCAAUGUGGAUGAGAGAACGUGAACGCGCGUUACGAGCGCGAGAAGAACUGAGCAGGAUGCAAGGCAAGGCUCCACCUUCAAAUCACGUGUCUGGGUUUAAUAGCACGAAAGAGAGGCCCGAGGGCGUGGCUCGAGAGGGCGAGACACGAGGGAAACCAGAUGAGGAAGGCGUGAACUUGUGCUCUGUGUGUAAGAGGGAUGCUUCUUUCUUAUGUUCUGGAUGUCAAGGUGCUUGGUACUGUAGUGCAGAAUGUCAGCUUUCUGCCUGGGGUAAACACAGCCGUGACUGCGGUCAGUCACAAAGACAAUAAGAUUCCCAUCAAUAAUCUGUCUGACCGACAUUAAAGGUUCUGUUUUGCAUGGUUUCUUUCAAGAGGACACCUCACAGCUGGACUAGGGUUGCUGAACCACUAGCCUCUCGUCUUUAAACAAAUUGAACACUUGGGAUAAUUGGAAUUCGUUGUAUUUUAAAAUGGAUCAUUCGAAUGCGAACUCAAUUCAAAUUGAACCGGACACAUGACAUGUAAUACGCAUGCGCUGUGGAUAUUCUUUCAUGCACGUUAACUGGUGAAUCGUCUACGUCAUAUUCACUUCAAUUUGUCUGACUUCUGUCUGGACAUCACAAGGAAAUCACAAAAAUUGGAAUAAUAAGAACGCAAGCAAGCCAUGAAAUAAUACUACUGGAAGUUUAAAAUAAACUUUUUGAAUCUUCAUCUUUCCUUGGGAUGUCACUUCGCAAAGUCAUGUUGGAAUGUGCAGAAUUUGUCCUCGAGAAAAUCCUUCGAGUUUUCGUCACCACUUGCAUGCCGAAUUGUAUUAAUGAUUAUUCAUACCUUUUUGAAUUCCACGUGCAGACUUUUAAUUGAUUUUUUGGCUAGUGGGCUGGUACUUCAUGUAGUGUUGUACAUACAAUGAGACAGCGUAGUUAAACGAUUGUUGGUAUCAGCCAUGACGUUGUAGCCCCAUAGUCUUGCACGAUAUUGCAUUUUUUGCAUCAAAUGAAAGAAAUGAAUAUAAAUAACAAAAAUAUAAACAAUUAAAUGGAAUAUAACAGCAACUCAAGACAUUUUAAAAUACCUAAUGUAUGUACAUCAACACUAUUAUCCAAUGUAACAAGUAGAGAAGUAACAAAAAUUUCUUCCAAGACGACAUUUAUUUUAAAAUGGUGUCAGUUUGGUUGAGCGAACUGAAACGUCGCUGCCUUAAUUUCAUACAAAGUUAGUUUUUUUUACUUAACUUUUAGUUGCAUUAAGUUAAACUUGAAUGCAAGAGUCGUUUCAAUAAAUCUUGUGCGAACCAGCUCGUAAAGUUUUAAUAAAUGCUGUAGAAUUUUAAAAUCUA